GGCAGGGUAUAACUUCCUUCCUCUCAUACGGACAUGAUUGCUCAUUCCCACUCUUCGCUAGGUCUUGUCGGCGAGGGAUGAUCCUGAGCUCCAGGCGGUCACAUUCCGCACUGUCUUCCUGGGCCUUGGCUUUUCGGCAUUCGGAGCCGUAUUGGCGCAGAUAUACUAUUUCAAGCCUCAGACACUCAGCGUCUCGACGCUGCUCCUGCUCAUCCUGUCGUACUGGUUCGGUAAUGGAAUGCAUAUGGUCAUGCCCGCUAAGGGCUGGUUGCGCUGGCUGAACCCUAGUCCAUUCAACAUCAAGGAACACACGGCUAUCAUUAUCAUGGCUUCCACAGCCUCUCACUCUGCUGUUGCGAUUCAAGUCAUCUCUGUGCAGAACUUGUUCUACAAUAAUGAUAUGAACCCCGGGAUCGCCAUUUUCACAUUGAUUGGCUCACAAUUGAUUGGGUAUGGGUAUGCAGGUCUGCUCGCCGAGGCUCUCGUUCGUCCGACAAAAUGCUUCUGGCCAGCCACCAUCUACACUUCCAACCUCUUCCAUCAGCAAAUGUGCACGUUACUUAGCACGUCUUGACGGACCUUACGAGUCUUCAUGUCUUAGAUUCUUGCUUGAUAAUCACUUACUCUCCUUGCGUACUUGAUCAAACAA